AUGACUACGAGUGAAUCAAAGAAAUAUAUUCAAACUGUUUUAUUAGAAAUUCUCAAUCGAUCAGCAGUGUGGCUCGGCAAAGGUAAACGAAAUGAUUUGAAUAUUGGAAUGUUCGACGCGCACAAGGCCGCUCUGAGCUUUCUCGAACAGUACAACAGAGAGAGUGUUCUCAAAGGACAAAGAAUCAAUAUGCAAUACAUGGGCGAAGCACUACAUAUGAUCGUAAUUGGCUUGAAAUAUGAAGAUGUGAACAAAAAUUCAAAACAAGUCGACAAUACCACAGUCGAAUUUGUUUAUCGUCAAAUUCUCUUUGGUGAAAUAAAAUGGAAAAAUGUCAUCACAGAUAGUCCAAAACAAUGCCAGUCAAGUAUUUCUCAGUCGUCUCGAAAGGAUGAGAGUGAGAUAGCCGAAGACGCAAAAAAGCUGAUCGAAAGCACAAACUCGCCGUUAGAAACUACCACCAUGGAUAACAUCACUGGCACACUGUAG